AUGAAGUAUAUUUUCGCAGUCUUUGUAGUUUUACUCGCGAUCACAUACGUCCCUUAUAGCGAAGCCGCUUGUGCUGCACAACUUCAACAAGAUUCAUGUGUCUCAACUUUAAAAAACGCCAUCAAUAGUUGUGUUGCUACUGACUAUGGUUGCCUCUGUCAAAAAUAUAAAGAUUUGAGAGUGUGUUAUAAUCAAUGUCCUUCUGACCCACAAUCCAAGUCCGAUGCUGCAGGUGUAGAUGGAUCAAUCACAACUUAUUGUAUUGCUGCCUCAGACGCUUCAUCGCGUGCAUCAGCCACUCAAACCUCUUCAACAUCGUCUGGCACUUCGAAAGCCACUCCCAGCGCCGCAACAACUAGCAAUGCUCAAACUACUGGCACUAGCACUGACAGUGCCAAACCAUCAGCAUCAGGAACAAAAAAUGCUGCCACCAACCUCAACAGUCAUCACCUUCUGGAUGCUUUCUGUUUUGUUACCACCUUUAUCGCUUCAUUAUUGAUCUAA